GAUAGGCUCCAAAAUAACAGUACUAUCCUGUAAAAAAAUACUUUGUGCCACGCAGAGGAGCUACAUGCCUUUGUAUUAUCAAGUAGCACAAAGUCUGGAAGUAAGUACGAUACAAGCCACCGGAGGCUCUCGUGAGAUAAGCAAACGGGUAUUUCCUCUAGUUGCCGGUUCUGAUGAUUGAUGAACACUCAAAAAUGAAAAGUAGCUGUACAACCUACAGUAAUAAAACCCAGAAAUCUAGGUCGCUAGGAAUUAUUGAUAAACCAGAGAGCCUGAAGAAACUUUCAUAAUUCGGACCAAAUUCCUUGUGACAUUGACAUGUGAACUGACGAUUGAGCAGAGCGACUUGGCUGACACAGAGUUGGAGUCAGAAAAAAAGGACACAUCUCAAGUGGGAAACAGCUAGCGAAUCAUCUUCAUAAAGCAAAACAAAGCAAGUGCAUAAUGGCGCACAUUAGGGGGUGUAAUAAUGGCAUCACGAUAACUCUGCCCUUUUGCAAAAGAGAUGCUUAUGCUGCUCACAAAAACACACCGGUGAUGAUAAGGCUUCAGAAACACACUGGCCUCCUGCUCCAGCGCUGCCGACACAUCUCAGGUGCAUAGUGGCCAGAGCUCGCUGGGGACAGAGCAAUGGAGGCAGCUCUUGUCAGCGUGUCCACGGGAGUGAUGAAACCGCUCCUGUCCAAGCUUACCAAGCUGUUGGAAGAAGAGUACAUCAAGGUCAAAGGUGUGCGCAAGCAGAUCAAGUUCUUGAGAGAGGAGCUGAGCGCCAUGUGCGCCACGCUCGAGGUGCUCGCAGACGCGGAGCAGCUCAACCCUGAAACGAGGCUCUGGAGGGACAAGCUACGUGAGCUGGCCUAUGACUUGGAGGAUUGCAUCGAUGGCUUCAUGGCUCGUGUUGACGACGGGCGUCAUGGGCCUACAGGCUUCAAGAAAUACUUCCGCAAGCUGAAGAGACUGAUAGCACGCCAUGAUAUUGCCAAUCAGAUUGACGAACUCAAGGCAUGUGUAAUGGAGGCAAGCGAGAGGCACAGGAGGUAUGAUUUUGCCCAAUUUAGGCACAACUCUAGCACUUCUUCGGUUGAUCCCAGGCUGCAGGCGCUUCAUGAGGAUAUUGAAAAACUUGUGGGCAUCGAUGGCCCUAAGAAGUAUAUCACUGAGUUGUUAACCAUGGAGAUGAAAGGGCCAUCCACAAAACUUAAGGUGGUCUCAAUCGCUGGUUGUGGAGGUCUUGGUAAGACUACUCUUGCGAAGCAAGUCUACGACACCAUUAAAGGCCAAUUCUCCUGUUCAGCUUUUGUGUCGGUUUCUCGAACUCCUGAUGUGAGGAAGAUUCUAAUACACAUUAGUAGUGGAGUUGGAUUCACUGGUUACACACAGGAUGAUGGUGAGCAGCAGCUUAUUGAUAAACUCAGGAAUUACCUUCACUGUAAAAGGUACAUUGUUGUAAUUGAUGAUGUAUGGGACACAGAAGCUUGGAAAUUUAUCAAACUCGCAUUACCGAAUAAUGAUCUUGGGAGCAGAAUAAUCAGUACAACACGUAGUGUUACUGUGGCAAAAUGUUGUUCCUCUCAAGUUUAUGAAAUGGAGCCUCUUAGUUUCGAUGACUCCAAAAGGUUGUUUUUCAAACGAGCAUUUGGUUCUGAGACUCCAUGUUAUCCUCACUUGGAAGACGUUCCGGAUAGAAUAUUAAGAAAAUGUGGUGGUCUACCAUUGGCAAUUGUUACUGUAUCUAGCAUGUUAACCAAUCAGCUUAGAAAAGCAGAAUGGGAUAGGGUACUAAGUGCCAUGGGUUCUGCACUUGCAAACAAACCAGAUGCUAAGAAGAUGACUAGUAUAAUAUCUCUGAGUUACUUUGAUAUUCCUUACCAUCUGAGAACUUGUUUGUUGUACUUGAGUGUGUUCCCAGAAGAUUAUAAGAUCGAGAAAAAAUGUUUGAUCAAUAGAUGGAUUGCAGAAGGGUUCAUUCAUGAGGAAGAAGGGCGAACUAAAUAUGAAAUUGGUGAGGGUUAUUUUAAUGAUCUCAUCAAUAGAAGCAUGAUCCAACCUGUUGAUGUAAAGUACGGUCAGACAAAGGCAUGCCGAGUUCAUGACAUCAUUCUUGACUACAUCAGGUGCAAGGCUACUGAAGAGAAUUUUGUAACAUCAUCAGAUGCUUCAGAGCAUGUAUACACUACAAAAUACAAGGUUCGUAGACUUUGUGUCAGUAACCACACUGAAGAAAAUGUUACCAUAUGGAAAGACCCGAUGUUAUCUCACGUUCGAUCAGUUACUAUAUUUGGACAGCCCGUGAAAACCUGUUUGUUGCCUUCCACUUCUCUUCAUGUGUUGGACCUUGGAGGUUGCAAUGGCAUAAAAGACCAUCAUCUUGAAAGUAUUGAUACUCUGAUUCAUCUCAAGUACUUGCGUCUCUCCUCAAGUUUAAUAACUAAGCUCCCAGAGAAAAUAGGAGAACUGAAAUAUCUGCAAACCUUGGAUGUACAAGGUACCCGCAUUGAAGAGCUUCCAUCCACUAUCACCAAACUACAACGACUAGCACAUUUAUAUGUUUAUUGCGGGACUAGAUUUUCAAAUGGAGUGAUUGAGCAGAUGCACAGCUUAGAAGAGAUGAGGGGGUAUGGAGUCCGAUCCUACGAACAAUGGAAGUCUCUGCAAGAGUUCAGUAAACUAACCAAGCUGAUGACAUUAAAAAUUACAUGUGUUUCUUUUUCACUCGAAGGUUCGAAAGGACUAAGCCAAGCUGAGGGCCGGCACAGUUAUGUGGGAACCUUAUUAUCCUCGUGCAACCUUUAUCAUCUACGUAUCACGGACUUAAUAUUUUACCUACUGUCGCUGGAUUCAUGGCACCGUGCUGCUCCCUGUAGCCUCCGGAAGCUCUGCAUAGAAGGACGUUUCAUCUAUAAGGUGCCAAAUUGGAUGGCAUCACUUGGAAAUCUUGUGGUACUAAAACUGAAUUGUAUCAUCUGUUUGAGACCAGAGGAUGUGGAGAUCCUUGGAGGGAUACCGACUUUACUUUUUCUCCAACUAGCAACUGCCGGAGGCACCAACGGAAGGAUCACUGUUCAUGGCAGCAAUGGAUUUACAAGUUUGAAACAUUUAUCUCUGCGUUUAUUUUAUUGUGGGACCACGCUGGAGUUUCAAGUGGGAUCAAUGCCAAAGCUUGAGCAUGUGCAGCUCACAUUGUGUGUGCAUAACAGGGAGUGCCUGAAUGGUGCUUCUGAUUUGGGCAUCCAGCACCUCUCCGCUCUUAGCAAGGUUGAGGUCAUAAUUUGGGGCAAUUGCACAUACGACACCAUCUACAAUCCAACAGAAGAUGAGAAUGCUGACGCUGUUAGAUGGGUUGUAAAUGCAAUUAAUGGAGCCAUCAUGACACAUCCCAACUAUCCCACUAUCAUAUAUAGAACAAACUACUAUAAGAAAUGUGAACAUUUCGAAUCUUUUAGAGGUUUAUUGAGAGGGGCGGGGCCAGUAUCGAACUGAGCUACCUGAGAAAAUAGGAGAACUGCAAUAUCUACGAACCCUGGAUGUACGGGGUAGUGGCAUUGAAGAGCUUCCAUCCACUAUCACCAAACUACAACGACUGACCCAUUUAUAUGUUGACUGGCGCAUUAGAUUUCCAGAUGGAGUGAUUGGACAGGCGCACAACUUGGAAGAGCUGACGAUGGCGCUGUCAGAUGGGUUGCUAGUGCCAUUAAUGCUGCCAUCAUGACACAUCCGAACCGUCCCAGUAUCAGGUUUCAGGCAUGCAUCGAUAUGUUGAGGUGCCUGUUGAACCGUGCUGGUUACUAACCUACCUGCUGUUGUAAUACGAUUCCAACAACAGAGAGGUUACUGCUUCUCUUUCUACUCUAUGCUGCUGCCCUGAAUCCGUGGAUUGUCUUGGUUGCAAGACUAAUUAGUUCUGCCUUUUUCCUAUUCGUCUUUUCCAGAAAAUUCCUUGUGUUCAACUGUUUCGAUAUACCACGAAAACAGUAUCGACUUUUUAUGUUCCUGUGCUACA